UGUGAUUAAAAUCUUCUGAGGGGGGAAGAGGGUCUAUGGAAAAUUCUGGAACAAACAAAAUUAUAAAAUCACUUCCCCCUUCCCAAUUUUCUCUCUUUUUUUUCUUUCGGUUUCUGCCCUAAUCCACGAUUUCAUUCUAUUGUUGCUGAUUUCACUUCAUCGUUCAUCAAUUCAGUUGAUUUGAUUCUCUAGUUAUGAUUGGAACCUCAAUGCGGGGGGGCUAUGAAGGAGAUGAAUAUGAGGAUUAUGAUGAUUAUGAGGACGAAGAACUGGAGGAAGGGGAGGGAUAUGAAGAUGAGGAAGGUGAAGAAUACGCAGUGGAAGAACCUCGGAAGCCUACUCCGGAAGAACUGGAAUACCUUGAGUUGAGGAAGAAGUUGAAAGAAUCGAUUAGAAAAAAGAUGAAGAAGGAGAAUAGUAUUUCUCUUGCAGAUUCCAGUGGUAGAAGGAAGCAAGUUCAUUAUGAUAAUUACGGGUCCUUUUUUGGCCCAUCUCAACCGGUUAUUGCCCAGCGAGUAAUCCAAGAGAGCAAAUCCUUGUUAGAAAAUCGGCAUUUGGUGCCCAAGCCUUCUAACUCGCAUCAAAUUAAUAAAAGUACAAAUAGGGGUUCUAGUGGUGUAUCAAAGUCUUCAGCUCAUCAGCAACCACCCAGAGUCAAUGAGAAGCUAGUUAAAGCUGAGAAACUCAAGGUUACUAGAGAUUACUCAUUUCUUUUGUCUGAUGAUGUGGAUAUUCCUGGUCCAUCAAAAGAGCCUCCAUCUAGGAAUACAUCUAUGCGCAAUUCAGUGGGACAAGCAGCUCAAGUUCCAGGAAAGAGUAAACAUUCUUUGAGCAAUGGUGGCAAACUCAUUCGAAGUACUGGUGAUAAUCGGAGACCUGUUGCAGGGGCUAGUCAUUUGGCUCCUAAACCGCAAUCCAAUUAUAAGUUAAGUUCUUCCAGCCAGGCCAGUAAGGCAUCAGUAGAUUCUAGAAGACAGCUUGGUAGCAACAAUGGGAAUGGGCCAGGCCGGCCAGUGGGGUCAAAAGGCAUGCCUUCAAAGAUGCCUGUUAAUACCAUGGGGAGUAAAUCAGUCACACCUGGCAUGAGAAAUCCUGUGAAUGGUGUACAGAAGCAGCCUCCGUCAAAGGUUUUGUCAUCUGUUCCAAAGCAUAGUAUGGAUCAAAGAAAAGAUGUACGAGAACUGCAUAAACCCAAAAUGUUACCGAGACCACCACCGCGACCACCGGUAGCGUCAUCAAGAGCUCAGGUCAGUAAACCACCACUUAAACAAGUUCCUAAGCGUCCUGAUUUUCAUGAUCAGCGCCCCAAGAGUAAACUUGGGAAACGACGCCUCGAUGAGCCUGAGGAUGAAGCGGAUGUUAGCAAAAUGAUCAGAUCGAUGUUUAAUUACAACCCCAGCAGAUUUGUCGAUGAUGACGACGUCGAUAAUAUGGAGGCAGGCUUUGAUGAAAUUGUGCAGGAGGAAAAGAGGAGUUCUUUAAUUGCUAAAAAGGAGGAUGAGGAGCAACUUAGGUUGAUAGAGGAGGAGGAAGAAAGAGCGCGGAAACGAAAGAUGAUGUUAAAGAAGCGUAGGGUUGGGGGGUAGUAACAUGAAAAUCGAAGACCAUACUAAGGUUUCAAAUUAUCUGUGUGAUUAUCAUGGAAUCUGAAUUGCCGAAUUCGGUCCAAUGGUGGUGAAAAUUAAGUUGGGGCCACAAACAAAUUGGCAAUAGCGAUGAUGUAAAAGCAAGUGGUGUUUUGCCAAUCAAGUUUGUAUUAUAUUUUGUAACUUGUAAUAAUGCUAAUCAUGCAACUAAUGAUUGCAAUUUUUUAAUUUUUACAACGGGGGCAAAUACUGGGGUUAGUUUUUACAGAUUUGGCCUUCAACCAUAAUUUUUAUUUGUUAUAUUGUUUAGAAAUUAGAUGAUUUUGAGUUUAAUAAAGAUGGAUUUAGGUUGGUCA